AUGGAAUCGCCGCUGCCCCACGAUGUCGUGGAGCUCAUCAUGGAGCGACUUCCGGUGAAAUCUUUGAUGAGGUCCAAGGCUGUAUCGAAGCAAUGGCAAACAACGAUCGAAUCAACAUUCUUCAAAGAAAGACAGUUGAAGCAUCGUCAGCAAUCAGGAGAUCCAGAUGUUCUCAUGGUGUCCGUAUGUUCGAAGCCCCCGCAGAAAGAGCUUCUAAGAACACUUGUUUUGGGCUCAUCAUCGUCGGUCAGGAUCCCUACUCCUUGGGAGAAGGAGAACUUACACUACUUUGUUUCUUAUAACAGCUGUGAUGGUAUGGUUUGUCUCUACCAUCCCGUCAAAUCCGGUUUUGUGGUCAAUCCCACCACUGGAUGGUACAGGCCUCUCCCUGUCUCUGGAUUACAACAACUCAUCAUCGACUUAGGAGACAGUUACUUCGAGCUUGGAUACGCAAGAACACACUAUAUGCUUGGAUUCGGUAAAGACAUAAUCACGGGCACAUACAAGGCCGUUUGGCUGUACAACUCUUCAGAGCUAGGCCUUGAGAACGCUACUACAUGCGAAGUUUUCGACUUUACCACCAGCUCGUGGAGGUAUGUCACUCCCGCUUCUCCUUAUCCGGUUGUCGGUUGUACCGAUCCUGUGUUUGUAGACGGGUCGCUUCAUUGGUUAACGGUCUGCGAGGAGACGACUCAUCUUGUAUCUUUCGAUCUCCACACGGAAGCUUUUCAAGUCAUCUGUAAAGCUCCCUUUGCCAGUUCCGAUUUUGUAGAUAUCUUGGUGUGCAACCUGGACAACCGCUUGUGCGUAUCCGAGAAGAAGUGGCCCGACCAAGUGAUAUGGUCGUUCGAUUCAGGCAACAAGACAUGGGUCAAAAUGUUUUCCAUAGAUCUGCCAAUCACUGUCUUUUUGUAUGAUCUCUCACCACGGUGCGCCUUCCCUCCACUAGCACUUUUGGACGGUGGGAAGAAGAAGAAGAAGAAGUUGCUGUUUUAUGGUCGUGUGAAAAAUCGGUCACUGUUGACACUUGACCCCGAAACCCAAUCAGAUGAUGUUGCUUUCUCGGCUGAAUCCAUUGGGACUCCUGUCUGUUAUUUCCCGAGUCUGUUCUCUAUUGAAUAA